AUGCACACAUGGGCCAACCAGCUUGAGCUCAUCCGGCUCUUUCUUGCCCACCAGCCCUUCCGCAAGGCGCUUGCUAUGGGCCUCGUUGACCUCGCAAGAGGACACCUCGACCGUCCUCCAUCAAUCGCCAACAAGGCCUUGCACAAGAUGGCCCGCUGGCUGGCCCACAUCACCCAUAAAUUCACUGCCAAUCUGCCGCUCCAAGAAGUCUACAACACCCUCAAAGAGGUCCCUGGCGAGCCGCCAAUGGGCCUGGAGGCCAUCAGGAAGAGCCUGAUCCAGGAUGGCAAGUUCUGGAAGGUGUUUGCGGUGUACUUGGAUGCCAACAAGGCCCAGUUCUCUGCCCCUGUCUUGCUCUUUCAGACCCUCACUAUUGGCCUCUGGGACACGCUCAUUGUCAUUAAAUCUUCCACCCUCCCCUCUUCCUCUUCCUCCUGGAUCCAAACCCGGGGAGAAUAUCUGGAUCAGCUUGCUUCACCAAGCAUUAGUAUCCCUGGACAACUUAAUCAAGUGUCACCCCACAAACAGGACGAGCAGAUCAAGCUCAAGAACAUCAUCUUGAGGCUGGCAACUGGAGUGGACUUCCUGAAUUGGGAGUCCGCGCUCAUCUUCAAAAGUCGGCCAUUUUCUUGUCCUCAGAACCCCCUCUUUUUUUGA